AUGGGGGCGAUGGCACAGCUCCGGCUGUUGCUGUGGAAGAACUGGCUGCAACAGAUUCGAUCACCGAUAUUCACAUUAAUGGAAUUCCUUAUUCCACUGCUUUUGAUUGCAGUCAGUUUCGGGCUCAUGAUUGGGUUGAGAGGAAACUACGAGAAAGAUCAUCGGCAAAAGAACUAUCCAGAAUGGCCAGUGAUGGGAAGCGCAUGGGAUCUUAUCAUGCCGACCAAUGUGUCACGACCGGAUGUGAGUUCCUACGUUAAUAUUUCUGGAAUCACAUUUGAUGGUUCUGUCGCAAAUCGAAUUCAAGCCGAUACCACGCUCGGCUACACGAUUCGAUUGUCGAAUACGAAUCGCCGCAGUAAAGGAGCUACCGGAUCAAAUACCUACACUCCAUGGAAUACGCAUGAAGUCUUCGCAAUACAGCUCAUCAGUGGACCAAUUAACCCAUCGGAAUCCGACGGAGGUUAUCCGGGCUAUUGGAAGGAAGGCUUCAUGACCGUACAAAAAGCUGUGAACAAUGCUAUCUACGAGAUUCUCACAGGACACCACAUAGACCUCUUCAAUACAGAUUUAAUGAUAGGCCGUUUUCCAUUCCCGGCGUAUAGAUCAAAAAUCAUCGAAAUCGGAGCUUUCUUCCUUCCAGUCAUCGUUGUCUUCUCCUAUAUGACUAGUGUGAUCUAUAUAGUAAAGAGCGUAGUAAUGGAGAAAGAAGCGAAAUUGAAGGAAUACAUGCGGGUCAUGGGCCUGAGCCAAUGGAUUCAUUGGGUUGGCCACUUUAUCGUCAACUAUAUCAAGCUACUCAUCUCAGUAAUUGUUUUGACCAUUUUGCUACACUUUGUUACAACCAGGUUCUUCUGGCUUGAUGUAGUCAGCUCUUUGCGCAAUUCUUCACUGAUGGCUGUGAUCGGUUGGAUGUUGUUAUAUUUUUGGUACGCGUUUUUCAACAGCUUUGAUCUCCUCAAACCAUUUCCGUUCGGUAUUCGAAUGUUGAAUUGCCUGAAUCCGGAUAUCGCCAUGGCAUACGGUAUCACGUUGCUGGCAGAAUUCGAAACUCAAGCCGACGGUCUCCAGUGGAGCACACUCUUCUCUCCGCCCACACCUGAUCAAAGGCUUACGGUCGGUCACUGCAUUAUAAUGCUUAUCGUCGACGGAAUUCUCCUGAUGAUCAUCACCUGGUACGUCGAAGCUGUCUAUCCUGGUGGUGAAGGCGUACCUCAAAAACCAUGGUUCUUUCUACUUAAAUCUUACUGGUUCCCAUACAGUCAAGUGAGAAAGAGUGUCGCUUCACAAGCUGUAAGAGAUGUUCCAUCAGAAGAAAGAGAGUUUGUCAAGUUGGAACCGGAGCCAGAUCUGAAGGCAACGAUUAAUGUGGUAGGCCUGUCAAAAACUUAUGGGACCUCGAUCUUCAAGAAGCUCUUUGACUGCCGGUUUGGAAAGCUGAGCGAAAAGAAAGCCGUGGAUGACUUGAACCUAAAGAUGUAUCACGGUCAGAUAACUGCCCUAUUGGGGCACAAUGGGGCCGGAAAAAGCACAACAUUCAGCAUGCUGACAGGUGUGACUUCGCCAUCGUCGGGUACCGCAUAUAUCGAUGACUACGAUAUCCGGACUAGCUUAUCUCAGGUGCGGAAGCAAACCGGCCUGUGUCCGCAGUACAACAUUCUGUUCAAUUCGUUGACAGUUAUGGAGCACUUGGAGCUAAAUUUUCAAAUUACCUAUCAACCGUUCCAGGGCCGCGAGUAUUUCGAGAAGGAGGCGAUUGACAUCCUCACUCGACUCAAAAUCGACUUCAAAAUGCAUGCCAGAGCUGGCACUCUAUCCGGUGGUCAGAAGCGGAAGUUAUCGUUAGCUAUCGCUCUCAUUGGAGGAUCUGAGGUAGUUAUGCUCGAUGAGCCAACAUCAGGUAUGGAUCCUGGAGCACGCCAUGAGACAUGGACUCUUCUACAGGCCGAAAAGAGCAGAAGGACGAUUUUGCUGACAACGCACUUCAUGGAAGAGGCAGAUCUGCUUGGCGACAGAAUAGCUAUCCUGGCCCAUGGACAGCUCCAAUGCUGUGGUUCGGGAAUGUUCCUAAAGGCGCAGUAUGGUGCCGGCUAUCACCUAACUGUGGUGUACGAGAGCUCGUCAAAGCCCGACCANAGCGAUAUACAUCUUCAGUCUCUCGCCGGUCAAGAGGCAACGUUCAUAAUUUCGGCCAAAUGCAGAGCACAGUUCUCCGAAAUGUUUGCUGAUCUCGAAAAUGCUCAUCACAGCCUGGGAAUCUCAUCCUAUGGUAUGUCCAUUACUACGAUGGAGGAGGUAUUUCUCAGAGUGGGGGACCUCGCGCAGGAACGUUUAAAUCAGGAGAAUGGCGAGGAGAACGUGGAGACGCCUGAGCUCGAAAAUGACCCAUUCCUUGCACAAUUGAGGGUCACACAACGUCUGAAAGGUCUUCCGUACUAUUGGCAACAAGUAGAGGCAAUGUUCAUCAAGCGCACAAUCUUUUUCUUUCGAAAAUGGAUAAUGUUCAUUAUGAAUCUGCUGUUCCCGGUAAGGAUGAAAAUCCUUUCUAUUCUUUCUUCACAAUUCUUAACAAUUUUUUCCAAUAGUUGGUGUGAUGUUUGUGAUGCUGUUGACUACUAUCCCAUUUUGUUCCCAUUCACGACACUCCCAACACAACACCCAUUCACAACACAUUUUCCAGCAUUCUUCAACAAUUUCGCCUUCACCACUCCUCCUUUGGCUAUAAGUGUCGCCGACUCGAUGCUCAUUUCAAAUGCUACUGGGAAGAGUAUCACAUUAGAGGUGAGCAAUCAACCAUUUCCACCGGUCACUGAGGAUGUGCUGAAGAAUCGGAACUAUUCAGAUAGUGCUGCAUUCAUGAUUUCAUACGCGGUGAUUGUCUCUAUGUCCAUCGUAGUCGCCGCAUGUUGCCAAUUUCUGAUACGGGAACGAAAGAAGAAAAGCAAGCAUAUGCAGAUGCUGUCUGGAGUUAGUCCAUGGAUGUACUGGAGCACAGCUUUUGUCUGGGAUGCCUUUUGGUUCCUUGUCAGCAUCGUAGCGUUCAUCGGCAUAUUCUAUGCAUUCGAUAUUGAACAAUACACAAAAGACUUCGGAACGGUCCUAAUUUUACUGCUGACAAUGGCUUUAUACGGUUGGACGACUAUUCCCUUUAUUUACUGGUUUUCUUUCCUAUUCACGUCGGCCCCUAAGGGUUUCACCCUCAUAGUCAUGUACAAUAUUAUAACAGGUAUGGUAGGAUCGAUAGCGAUCCCUAUCAUACAGCAGACAGCCAACGAGGAUAUUGCCUUCACGUGGAGUAAAAUUUUGUCGUUUUUCUUCCCGACGUAUAGCAUUUCGAACAUCUUCGUAGUGAUAUACAACAACGAGUUCGCUAAGCAGGCUUGCCAUAUGCUGGAUUGUUCGAGUCCUCUGUACAAAAACAAUAUAAAAUGCUGUGGCGGAAAGGAUGGUAACUAUGGCGAUUUCAACGCUGUGAAAGGUGUGACGUUCCACGUAAGAACCGGCGAAUGUUUUGGAUUGUUGGGAGUCAACGGAGCCGGCAAAACCAGCACAUUCCAGAUGUUGACCGGAGAGAAUGAUAUCACCGAGGGAGAUGCGUUUGUGAAUGGAUGGAGCGUAAAAACGGACUGGAAGAAGGCUGGUGCCAAUAUUGGCUAUUGUCCACAAUUCGAUGCCGUUCUCAAAGAAAUGACUGGAGAAGAAACGUUGUACAUGUUUGCACGAAUUCGUGGGAUUCCAAGAAAGGACAUUCCAGAAAAGGUCAACGCUGUCAUUCAGACAAUCGGUAUCGGAAUGUACGCCAAGCGGCAGAUCAAAGGCUACAGUGGCGGAAAUAAACGGCGACUGUCACUCGGAAUUGCACUAAUCGGGCUACCACCGGUCCUUCUUCUCGACGAGCCAACUACUGGUGUCGACCCAAAGGCACGGCGAAUCAUCUGGAAUAUUUUCACGAAGGUACAAAGCCUAGGCACAGCACUGGUACUCACCUCUCACAGUAUGGACGAAUGUGAGGUACUUUGUACGGAACUAGCCAUAAUGGUUUACGGGAGAUUCAAAUGCUAUGGGAGUUGCCAACACAUAAAAAGUCGAUACGGAGCCGGCUUCACAUUGCUGGUGCGCCUUCGCCGACGUGAGGAUGCUGAAGGAGUGAAAAGUGCAAUACAACGAAAUUUCCCUGGAGCAGUUUUAAAGGAGCACCAUCUUCUCCAGCUGAACUACGAAUUACAAAAACGCCCCGGUAUGACAUGGUCACUGUUGUUCGACAAGAUGGAAGAACUCUCGAGAGAGUUUUAUUUCGAGGACUAUUCCCUUAGUCAGACAACGUUGGAACAGGUUUGUCUAUUCGUAGAGUUUUUUCACAAAGAUUUAUUUGAACCAAAAAACAAUAAUUAUAAUAAUAAAUUAACAAAUGGUGUAUCUUCCGUUACUGUUCACGACCUCCUACCAUCUCUCGACCAAUUUGUUGAUGGCGAUUCGCCGAAAAUCGGCCGUUGUGGUGUCGAAGAAUGUUGA